CUUUGUGCUGGCCACAUGGUCACGGUGAAAAAUAUUAGAAGGUUUAGAAUUAUUUAAGAAGGCUGAGGCUAACGCAUGGCUAACACCGUUUAUACCUCGUUACAAUUAUCGUUCCGCAACGCGUAAAUUCUUCGUAGAUCUCUUUUAUAAUAGACUAUAAAAAGAAAAUGCCGAAAGUACGUACUCAGAAAACAUCCCGUAUUCAUAAAGACGUCGCCAAACAGGGGAUUCAGUUCAACACGAACAUCGGACAGCACAUUUUGAAGAAUCCACUGAUUGUUCAGAGCAUGGUCGAAAAGGCAGCAGUUAGACCAACGGACGUUGUAUUAGAAAUAGGUCCAGGUACAGGCAAUAUGACUGUGAAACUGUUGGACAAAGCUAAGAAGGUAAUCGCGUGCGAAUUAGACACACGAAUGGUUGCCGAAUUACAAAAGCGUGUCCAAGGCACUCCCUAUCAAGCGAAAUUACAAAUUAUGAUAGGCGACGUUCUCAAGACGGACAUGCCGUUUUUCGACUUGUGCGUGGCCAAUAUACCGUAUCAAAUUUCAUCGCCACUGGUAUUCAAAUUACUUCUACACAGACCGUUGUUCCGAUGCGCCGUGCUCAUGUUUCAACGCGAAUUCGCCGAACGUUUAGUAGCGAAACCCGGAGACAAACUGUACUGCCGUUUGAGUAUCAACACACAAUUGUUGGCACGAGUAGAUUUGCUAAUGAAAGUGGGAAAGAACAAUUUCAGGCCACCGCCAAAGGUGGAGUCAAAUGUGGUCAGGAUAGAACCGCGUAAUCCGCCUCCGCCGAUCAAUUAUCAAGAGUGGGACGGUUUAACGAGGAUCGCGUUCGUUAGGAAAAAUAAGACGCUCUCGGCAGCAUUCAAGCAAACUACCGUAUUGACGAUGUUGGAAAAGAAUUAUAAGCUUCACUGCAGCUUGAACAAUAAGGAAAUCCCAGAGAACUUUGACAUCAAACAGAUGAUAAAUACUAUUUUACAAGAAGCUGAUGCUGAAAAUAAACGGGCCAGGACCAUGGAUAUAGAUGAUUUUAUCAGCCUUUUACAUGCCUUCAACGAACAAGGCGUGCACUUCACGUGAUUUACAUAUGACGCAAGAAAUGUAAAUUAUUUUUGCCAAUAAAGGGCAGAAUUAACACAAUGCGUCAUAAACUAGUUAUUUUAAGUUUUAUAUAGAAUUGUACAUAUAUUUCUAAGUCUACAUACUUUACAAAAAAUUAUAUCUAUGUAAAAUUUCAAUUAAAUUACUAGCUUAUAACGUACAAGCGUAUUUACAAUCAUUCUUUGGGAACCAAAAGAUUUUUAAAAAAUAUACCCCCA